ACAAAGAAGAAGCCGAUUGGGAAUUUGAAGGCAGGGCUGUUCGUGACUUCGUCUUGACGAGGGAUUGGUUUGAAGGUUAAAAAAAAUGAAGGGAAAUGCCGCCGCCGAUGCGAAUAAAAUCAUAACAAAAUAGUGGUUGUGGUUGUUUUUAUUGUAUGGAAAGAGAAUCUCCAAAACCGGCAAACAGUGAGGAGUCUUGAAGAUUAAGGAUAAAGGGUUGUCCGGUCCACAUACGUACAGAUAGAGUUUGAUUCACUCACACAAAAUCCAACCAAUCUUGAGUAUCUUUACCCAACAAAACAAACUGUCAUUUCCUUCAAAUCUCUCUCUCCCCCUUCCCUUAGACAUCUGAAAUCUGAAAAGAAAGGGAGAGAGUGAUGGCAGCUGCGGGCAUGGCAGGGGCAGGGGCAGGGGUUGUUGGAGUUGGAGGAGGUGACGUUUGGAGGGCACAUACGGCCAUGGCUGUGGUUCAGCUCUUCAACGGAGGGUAUCAUGUAAUUACCAAAGUGGCCCUCAAUGUUGGCAUCAACCAGCUUGUAUUCUGCGUAUUCCGGGACCUCCUUGCUCUUGCCAUCCUUGCUCCCAUCGCCUAUGUCCGUGAAAAACGGAUUCGACAACCAAUGAAUAGACGCCUGUUCAUGUCCUUCUUCUUUCUUGGACUAAGUGGGAUCUUUGGCAACCAGCUUUUGUUUCUUAUUGGUCUUGGCUACACAAAUCCAACUUAUGCUGCUGCGAUACAGCCUGCUAUCCCAGUGUUCACGUUUAUCCUGGCUGUUCUAAUGGGUACAGAAAGAGUGAACUUGCUUAGAACUGAAGGGCAGGCAAAGGUUGGUGGUACACUUGUAUGUGUUUUUGGAGCCAUAUUAAUGGUCUUAUUCCGAGGACCUGUUUUGAUUGGAUAUAUAGAGCCAGACUUUGCAGCACAGAGCGAAAUAAGUGCCAGAGGUCAACCGGAGCCAGCUGGAUGGUUGAUGUCUAGUUUUCUAGAGUUUGGGCUAGAUCAUUUUCAUCUUGGAGUUUUAUGCUUAUUAGGGAACUGUAUGUGCAUGGCCGCUUUUUUAGCCAUUCAGGCUCCACUUUUGAAAAGAUAUCCUGCCAACUUGUCAGUCACAGCAUAUUCAUACUUCUUCGGUGCUCUUUUGAUGGUGGUGACCGCAUUAUUUAUGACAAAUGAGUCAACAGACUGGAGCUUGACACAGUCUGAGCUUUUUGCUGUUAUUUACGCUGGAACUGUUGCAUCUGCCCUUAAUUAUGGACUGCUAACAUGGAGCAAUAAGAUUUUGGGGCCUGCUUUGGUUGCUCUUUACAAUCCACUUCAACCUGCAGCUUCGGCCUUUUUGUCAAGAAUUUUCCUUGGAAGCCCUAUUUACUUGGGAAGUGUUUUAGGGGGAUUACUAAUUAUUGCUGGUCUUUAUGUGGUGACUUGGGCGUCUUUGAGAGAAAGACAAGCAGCUCUGGAUGUUAUUCCUCACGUGGCUCGAGCCUCCGAACCUCUCAUCCACAAAGAUGCAACAAUUAAUAAGAUACACCAGAGAGGACUUAUUUUCUCAGGGCCUUCCAACUCGUUGCCAAAAUCUUCAGAUUGAGAAAACAUUUGAUUGGUUGUGCUGUAAAGUUUCUUAAUUCCGGAAUUUCGACAGUAAACCCGUUGAGAUAAAAGAUUGUGUCUUUUUUUUUAAUGCAUUUGAUAUGAUUUCUUGUUGAGGAGAUGCA